CAGGACUACGAGCUGUUUAACUCCCAGCUGGACUCGAUGGAGGUCUGGGUCCUGGAGGCUGAGGAGGCUCUGAGGGCCCCGGACCCUUCUGGAUCCACAGAACCCCCCCUCAUCCAGAACCGCAUGCAGGAGCUGAAGAGUCUGAUGCUGAGGUUCAGCAGCUUGUCUCCGGAGCUGGACCGGGUCACUGAGCUCGGGUACCGGCUCCCUCUCAACGACCCGGAGAUAAAGCGUCUCCAGAGCCUGAACCGGAGCUGGAGCAGCGCCUCGGCCCAGACCACCGAGAGGUUCAGCAAGCUGCAGGCGUUCCUACUGCAGCAGCAGAGCUUCCUGGAGAAGUGUGAGACCUGGAUGGAGUUCCUGCUGCAGACGGAGGAGAACCUGGCCGUGGAAAUCUCUGGAAACAUGCAGAGUCUGACGGAGCAGCAGAAAGCCCACGAGCUGUUCCAGGCGGAGAUGUUCAGCCGGCAGCAGAUCCUUCACUCCAUCAUCAGUGACGGGCAGAGGAUGCUGGAGCAGGGACAGGUGGACGACAG